AUGAAAGAUAAACAUAAAAAAGUAGAAUAUGCCGAGAAGGAUAUUGAAAUAAAAGAAAUUGAAAAAGAUGAUGGAGAUAAUAAAGUAUUUGUAAACAAUUUGUUGACGAGCGUAAAUUAUAUUAACAAUGCUAUAGUACAUAAAGAUAAUAGGCAUAUGUUACGUAUGUUGAAAUAUAUAAAAAACAUUCGAUUAAGUAUUAAGAAUGAUAAGAAUGUAUCGAUGGCUAUAAUUAUAUAUUUAAUAAAAAAAAUCUUUAAAGAAAAUUAUCCUAUAUAUAAUAUAUUAAAUAAAUAUAUGAAUAUAUUUGGAGAUGGUUUACAUAAAGAUAUUAUAGAUUUUUAUAAUAUAAAUGAAAAAACAUAUAUGAAUUGUAUACCAGAAUUAGAAGUUUUUUUUUAUUUAUUAAUAUUAUUAUAUUUACUUGAUGAAAAAUGUUAUGAUGAAGGUAUGGAAUUAUCAACCAUAAUAAUAAAUAGAAUAAAUAAAAUAAAUAGAAGAUCAUUAGAUUAUAUUAAUGCUAAAGUAUAUUUUUAUUAUUCUUGGAUACAUGAAUUAGGAGGAAAAUUAUCACAUGUUCGUCAGCAAUUAUUAUUUAUAUAUAGAAAUGCAUGUUUACAUAGGGAUAUUAUGACACAAACAGUUGUAGUAAAUUUAAUAUUAAGAGAUUAUAUUAAACAUAAUUUAUAUGAUCUAGCUGUCAGAUUUAUAAGUAAAACAUCCUUUCCAGAAAAUUUAUCAUCAAAUGCACAGUAUGCUAGAUAUUUAUAUUAUAUAGGUAAAAUAUUAGCUGUACAAUUAGAUUAUAGUGAAGCACACAGAAAAAUUACACAAGCAUUAAGAAAAGCUCCACAACAUACUGAAAGUGCAAAAGGAUUCAAACUUGCAGCUACCAAAAUGGAAAUCGUUGUUGAAUUAUUAAUGGGAGAUAUACCUGACCGUUCCAUAUUUAGUAAUAAAAUCAUGUAUAAAAAAUUAAUUCCAUACAAACAUGUUGUAUCAGCGGUGAGAAAUGGAGAUAUCAACAAAUUUGCUCAAGUUAUGAAUAAUUACAAAGACUUAUUUAUUCAUGAUGGUGUCUACUUAUUAAUUAAGAGAAUUCACCACAAUGUUAUCAAAACGGCCUUAAGAAUAAUCAACCUUUCUUAUUCAAGAAUUUCCAUCAACGAUAUUGGCAAAAAGAUCGGAAUUGAGUCCUCCCUCGAUGUAGUAGGAAUAACUGCAAAAGCUAUUCACGAUGGUGUGAUUGAAGGUACUAUUGAUUAUGAAAAUCAAUAUGUGGAGUCCAAAUCCAAUAGUGAUAUAUAUAUAACAGGAGACCCUAUGAAAACAUUUCACAAGAGAAUAGCAUUUUGUUUACAGUUAUAUUCUGAUGCUAUAAAGGCAAUGCAAUAUCCAGAUGAAAAUGAAAAAAAAGAAAAUGAGGAAGCAAAAGAGAGAAAAAUGAGACAACAAGAGGAAUUAGCUCAAGCCGAGGAAGGAGAUUUAGGCGAUGAUAAUGAUUUGUUAUAA